CUUUCUGAAUCACGUCACCCACACUCCUUCUGCCUAACAAGCUUCACCCUCCAUUGGGCAAACAGACUUCUAACUGUGACUGGGGGUGUGGCUUUAAACUGGCUUGACCAGAUUUCCCAGGAGUCGGUGUGUUUUUUUUCUUUGAAAGACAUAACUGACACCAGUGGAGCAGAGGGAAAACUCGCACUGGCACAUAUUUGUGUUCCUGGGAGCUGCAAUUCCCUCUGAUGAAUACCAAGGACUUCCUGAACGCUUCAACAGGUCCGGCUUAGAUCCUACUGUACAAGUCCGUGGCCAGAUAAAGUGUUGACAAAAAAUCUGGGCAAAUUGAAAUGAAGCAAUAUUCAACCUUCCAGGGAUUAAAAGCAAUAACAGGGUAUGUGAAGCAGAGGAAAAGUUUACACACAUUCAACACUCAAAUCUAAGAGCAUAUCUGACCUGCUCCCCAUCAAGGUCAGUCAUGAAGGACCGCAUGGAGGAGUUGCGUCAGCGGAUGAAGGCCAGCGAUAAGAUGCUGGACAACAACGCCUUCAACACGGAGGAGGACAUGGACCCGUCCUCGCUGAUAGGCCUGCAGGCCGUGAUCUUUGAGGAGGAGCCCGUCCUGGAACACUUCCUUAAGGAGGCGCAGAACAUCCGUGACAGCAUUGAGGAGCUGAACUCUGAAGUCAAUAAGUUCGGCCAGCAGCAGAGAAACUUUAUGGCCACCAUCAGGCGCCUCAGCAUCAUGAAAAAGGAGAGUAGCAUGACGCGAGACAUCAAGCUGUUGGCCGAGAGCCUAAAUAAAAAACUAGAUGCUUUUUCCAAGCAGGCCAAGCGAACCGAGGCUGAGCUGGGCCCGGACGACGCCACGUCCCGUAUCCAGAAGGCCCAACACGCGGCCCUUUUCCGCCAGUUCCAGCAAGUAAUGCGACAACACAAUGACGCGAUCCUGGCCAAGCAGGACAAAUGCAAGCAGUUUAUCAUCCGGCAGCUGGAGGUUUCGGGUCGUGAGGUGUCCGAAGAGGAGGUGGAUAACAUGAUCGAGCAGGGCAAGUGGGAGAUCUUCAAUGAGAACAUCUUAGUCGAUGCAAAGAUCACCCGUGCCCAGCUCUCAGAGAUAGAGCAACGCCACAAAGAGCUCCUGAACCUGGAAAGCAACAUGAAGGACCUGAGAGAUCUCUUUCUAGAUGUGUUCAUGCUGGUGGAAGAGCAAGGGCACCAGAUCGAGAACAUACAAGCCAAUGUGGAGAAGACACAAGACUACGUAUCAGACUCAAAGGAGAAGUUCUCAACGGCUGCCAGAUACAAGAAGAAGAACCCUCUCAGAAGACUGUGCUGUUGCUGCUGUCCUUGUUUCAGAUAGCGGCUGGCAAAAUAAACAGUGCCAAAGUUUCUCAUUUACUGUGCUCUCAAGGGAAGAACUGGGGUCUGAAUGCAAUGGCAGACAUUGACCUCUGUCGGAUGAAAAUAAAAAAGCAAAGGCACAAAGCACUUUUAGACUACAUUUAAAAAAGGAAGGCUCCGUAGCGAUGAAGACUUAGCUGGGGUGUUGACAUGCAAUACGAGUGGUUAUAUAAAGAUUUCACAAGAUGUCUUGUUAUAUCACAUUAUGUAAGGUGUAGUCAAGGAUACAUUUAUUUUGUAUUUUAUUAUUGUGGAAAAAGCCACACAGUAUUAUUGUUUAUAGGUCAUUUGUAUGCUUUAGAUUGAUCAAAUAUCUACCUAGCUAACAUUAUAUAAGACUAGCAAACUUGUCCUAUAUUCUUCAAACAAUACUGAAAGAUUUCUGCAAGUCGACGUCUAAAGUUGCAGUCACAUUUAUCGUUGUCCGUUGAGCUAAAUAAGGUAAUCCCAGUAGGAAUGUCCACGCGAUCUGAAAUUUUAGCAUGACACCAAAAGAUUUCCUCAUGCAAAUUACGCAGAAAGCUUGGUUUGAAAGUAACUUCUGUGUGAGAUGUGCUUCAUACAUCAUUACACUUUUGACAAGACAAAGUUUUGCCCAUGAAAUUACGCUAAUGUGAUGUGACUGCACCUUUCCUGGACACACAAUUUUUUAAAAACUAUAUUUCAAAUAAUGUAUUACAUGAAUGUAUUUUGAGAUGGUUCUUUGAAAAAUAAGAAUAAAAUACAAGAUGCCGUUUUGAAAUAUCUAUGAAAUGUGA